AUGGUGGGCGAGGUGGGAGGGGCCGCGGUCGUGGACUGGGGCGACGGGGCGGACCUCCGCGCCCGGCUCAGGGAUGUUUCAUCUGUGGGGACCCAGGACACUGGGCACGUGACUGCCCCGACAAUUAUAUGCCUCAGCAGCAGGCAUACAGAGGAAGGGGUCGGGGUGUCGCUGAUGGGCGUGGUCCACCCCGAGGUCCACCACAUGGCGGCCCAGGACCAUAUCCUCCUCCUCCCACACCACCAUGGGGAGGAUACGACCAAGGACAAUAUUAGGGAUGUCUGGGGAGCCAAGGACCAUCGGAAGACUCAGGCCGGUCCUGAAGGCAGACGCUCAGAAGCAUGUCUACAGACCACUGAGUUGGUACUCCGCCGGCUGGCCGAGCUGGGCUUCAAAGUUUCUCGACAGAAACUACAGUGUUGCCGAAAGCCGGUCACAUUCCUGGGACGAUUGGUGUCCGCCCAGGACCGGACCACCCCCCUACGAGCCUUGGCUAAGGCAGUGGGGCUCUCCAACCUUUCGGCGUCAUCAACUUGGACCCCGGAAGAAGACGCGCUGUACACCGCUUUGGUCAGGGACCUGGCCACUGCUGCUGCACUAGCAACACCUGACUACUCUCAACCAUUUAAGCUGGACAAUCGCCUCCUAAAGGUUUUAACAGCUCCGAAUCUCCAGUAUGUGCACGAGGGCAUCAACAUGGCAGAAACAAUGCAGCUGGAUCCACACAACUGCUCUGUGGCGGUGGCCGCGCUCCUUGAUCUCGCUUGCUGGAAGCGGAACGGCUGGCUGACGGCCAAGGGCACUGUAAUCGCUCACAAACCGCUAAUGGAGCGUUUAAACUACGCUCUCACGCUUCCAUCACAACUGGCAAUCGUCAAAAUCCCUGGUCACUGCAAGUCUGGCUCGCGCAUGGCCCAGGGCAAUGCAGCUGCUGAUCUUGCAGCCAAAGAGGCGGCUGGGUAUCACCCCCAUUCUGCCAUCAUGCACGCAGCCUCGCCAGAACAGAAGUCUGUGUGGCUUGCAGGAGGGGCCCGCCGCACCUCAGAUAAUCUCUGGGUGGGCCCACAAGGAACUCCUGUACUUCCAGGGGACAUAAUGACCGCUGUUUUAACAGAAGCACAUUCCCCUGCACAUGUUGGCUCCUCAGCCAUGAUGUCUCGACUCACUAUGUGGUGGCAUCCCCACCUUCGAGAUAUGUGUUCUACUUUUGUUUCACAGUGUUCCACUUGUCAGGACUUUAAUGUCCGACCAACUCUUCGCCCGACGCCGGGGGCCUUCCCAACCCCAACCUGGCCUGGGGAGGAAAUUGUCAUUGAUUACACGGACAUGCUCACACCUGUGAGAGGUAAGCGCUACCUCCUCGUUUUUGUAGACUCUUUUUCAGGAUGGCCUGAGGCGUAUCCGUGCGUCAAGGAAGAUGCUGUGUCAGUGGUCAAAGCGCUCAUCAACCACUAUAUUCCGACCCAUGGGUUUCCAGCUAGGAUCAGGUCUGACAAUGGCACACACUUCAGCAACAAACACCUGAGAUUGGUAGAACAGACCUUGGGUCUCUCCCACAGCUUUGGUUGUGUUUACCAUCCUUCUUCACAGGGCUCUGUGGAGAGAAUGAACCGCACUCUAAAGGAAAAACUUGCAAAAAUUUGCCCCUCUAACCCACGCUCGCUUCUCCAGUAUUGGAAACUGGUGCAUGCUUUGUCUGCCGCUUAUUGUGCACAGGUCAAGGACGCUUCUGGUCGUCCCACCCCUCCACCUGCUGACCUACCUGAGUGGACGCACGUCUACUUGAAGCGCUUCUCCCGCCGGUGGCACGAACCACGGUGGUCCGGUCCAUUUCGCGUCACUGCACGCACACACACUGCCGUCCGGCUGGACGGUAAAGGGACGAAAUGGUUCCACUUCUCGAUGAUCCGCCCUCACGAGCCAUGACGGGCUUGGAGGACUACGGCUUCAAUCGUCUUGUUCCACGGACGUGGAUCAAG